ACGUGAUGUUGCGUUGGUGAGAUUCGCAAUAUUUUUGGUUUCGGCAAUUAUUCGGUGAAAUGUACAGACAAGUUGGCUGGGCAUUAGCCAAAAAUAACAACAGAGCAAAUAUAAACAAGUGCGAUGUAUAAAUAUGCAUAGUGAAUUUGAUAAAGUGCAAUAAAUUUAUAAGCAAAGUACAUACUUAACAUACAAUAGUCACGAAAAUAGUAAAAGAUUGCACAAAAAAUGCAAGUAACCAAUACAAGUAAAGUUAUAAGUGCUGUGAAGAAAAGCUAUAAAGAAAAUUACGAAUAAAAAUUAAAGAAAAGCAAAAAUUUUCUAGACGAUUGCUGCAAAUUGGAGUAAUGGAUUAAGCAACAAAACAUUUCUCAUUCAACGCCAACUUAAUUGUGUGCUUCCAAUAAUAUUUCCAAACAAUAAACUGGUUUUCCAUGCACUUUUCGUAAACUGCAUGCGAGUUGAAUGACAAAAAAGUAAUAAAUAACAAAAAGAAAAUCAAAAAAUAAUUUUAAACAAAAAAGCCUGCAAGCAAAAAUAAUCGAUAAUUUCACAAAACGUCAAAUGUGCAAAUGAUAAAUAUUUACAGUUGAAACUGCGCGACUGUGAGGAAAUAAGAAAAUAAUUACACAAAAAAUGGUGUUGACACAAAAAUAUUUAUUUAUCUAAUAAAAGCGACCACAACAACCACGGCUAUAAGUGCAAAAGGUGUGCUCCAUUAAGACGGCGAAACCUUAUAAUAAAUGAUUACCCUGUAUUUCUAUUCGAAAAUCGUUGUUGUUUCAAAAAUCAAUCGAUUUGCCUGCGUUUGUGUGUGCCUAUAAAUCAAUUUCGUUCAUUUUUGUUUCAAAUUUCCGUUGAAGUUAAUCAAAAUUUUUUCCUGUUAAUAAAUUAGUGCGUGUCUAGGCAGCGAUUCACAAUUGACGUUAACGCGCGUUACGUCGCCUAAACGCUACGCGUCGCGUCGUCUUGUGCACACACGAUUAGUGCGUGCGUGCGUACGAAAUACCGUUACCGUUUGAGGCAGCUUCCAACGGCACACAAACAACAUAGAAAGCGAUAUUUGUGCGCUGCACCUGAGUUCGUCGCCUCGUCGAUUCCACGUUUCGUCAUCGAUCGCGUACGCAGCUGCACAGUGUUUGCCGACGGUGAUGAGUUUUAGUUCCUACGCGCUGUCAAAUAUUCAUCACAGCUGAUAGUGAUGAAUCCGAAUCAACACAGUGGGCCCGGUCCACCGUCAGCGUUAGUGACAACAAAAUCAACAACAACAACUGCAAUGAAUACAACAGCAACAGUGGCACAGCAUAAUUCCUCGUUUAUGGGCGUCGGUAGCGUGGGAGCUGGUGCGGGCCCGGGUGCUUGCGGCAUGGUUGGCAUCGAUCAAGUUGACGCCUCCAUUAUGGCAUCAAAGACAUAUGCAACAAAAUGUGCGACAAUGCCAUCACCAACAACAACAACAGCAGCUGCAACAACAACUUCAUAUGGCGGUAUGAAGAGUGCUUACGCGGUUGCAACAAAUGGUGGUGGUGGUUACGUUGCCAACGCGCCCGCUGCAAUGACCAACGGUCAGCACACCAAUAACAGCAACAGCAGCAGCAAUAACAAUAGCAACGGUGGUAGUAGUAAUUGUAAUGGCGGUAGUGCUAAUGUUGGCAACGUUACUGUGCAUAAUCAUGCGACUGCGCCGCCGGUUGCACGUACCAUCUCGUCCGAUCGUUUGGUGACAGGGCCAUCGUGCAAAGCUCUAAGAACUGCGGUGUCAGCGCUCUACUCUGUGGAUGAUUUUGUCAAGGAGAAAAUUGGCUCUGGAUUCUUCUCCGAAGUGUUUAAGGUCACUCAUCGUACAACUGGUGAAGUUAUGGUGCUGAAAAUGAAUCAGUUACGUGCAAAUCGACCAAAUAUGCUCAGGGAGGUGCAGUUGCUGAACAAAUUAUCCCACCCAAAUAUUUUAAGUUUUAUGGGUGUCUGUGUGCAAGAAGGUCAGCUGCAUGCCCUUACUGAGUACAUCGAAGGCGGUUCGCUGGAGCAGCUACUGGCCAACCAAGAGGCGGUCCUGACUGCUGCUAUGAAACUAAGACUGGCGCUGGGCAUUGCGAAUGGCAUGGCGUAUGUGCACGACGCGGGCAUUUUCCAUCGCGACUUAACAAGCAAAAAUGUGUUAAUACGGAAUAUGCCCGAUGGACAAUUUGAUGCAGUCGUAGGCGAUUUCGGUUUGGCGGCUAAAAUACCAGAUAAGCACGGCAAAACGCGCCUCGACACAGUCGGCUCACCUUAUUGGGUAAGCCCCGAGUGCCUCAAGGGUCAAUGGUAUGAUCAGACAAGCGAUGUCUUCUCCUUUGGCAUAAUUCAAUGCGAGAUAAUCGCACGCAUAGUCGCCGAUCCGGAUGUGAUGCCACGCACUGACGCCUUCGGUUUGGAUUAUUUGGCUUUCGCCGAACUAUGUCCCAUGGACACACCUGCGGUAUUUCUACGCUUGGCUUUCUACUGCUGCAUCUACGAAGCCAAAAGUCGCCCGACUUUCCACGAAGCUGUCAAGAAGCUGAAGCAAAUAAUGCAGGAUCAUGAGAAUGGCUGUAACGGUGACUGCAACUCGUCGCUGAAUACAUCGAGCCUACUAAAUUCACUAGAGUUGAAUAGUUCAGUUAACGGUGCAGCGUCGGAUGCUGCACACGAUAAUUCAACGGCGGGUCACAAAAACGACUGCUUGCGACAAUGCUACUCCAGCAGCACACUGCACAACAAUGCCAGUUGUUGUAGUUGUCGCAAGAGUGCCACUGCGUUGAAAGCGCCGGUCAUUCAAACUGCGCCCGCCGGUACUGCCACGACGCAGAAUUACAAGGAGUUAGAUGAGAACGGCUUCCGUUUUCCUAACGGUAAAAAUGACGGCACAGGUGGCAGCACCACACCAUAUCAAACACCGAAUGGCUCGUCAACGGAAUACAACGAAUUCGAGGAUCAUGUAUUGGAGACGCGUGUACGGCGUGUGACCAAAAAGCUAGAAGCCGAUCUGCAAUUACAACAGCAUCGACGUUCGUAUAGCGAAAACAUUAUACAUUUUCCGCUACACACGACGCCGAGCGAUAAGGCGCGCUGUCAUCAAAUGCAACGGCAACGCUCGUCCACACACUCACCAACUCCGCCCGCACUGUCGCGCAUAAAUGGUGGCAGCGAGAAGUCCACACAACCGCCGUAUGUUUCUGUCGCCGCCGUGGACGCCACACAAGUGCCGUCACCUGCGAUUAAACCACCGACGCAGCAAACAGCCGCAUUGACAUUGCGUAAAGUCGCCGAAACUAUGUGCUUGAAGGAUCCACACUACAAACCCAUCCGUUCCGAUCACAAUGGUGUGAAGAGUAAUCCAUUCACCACGCUGGCACAGUUGCGUGGCGUCAAAAAGAUACUCGGCGCUAAUCCGAAAACGUAUGCCGCCGGUGUGGGUGAUCUGUUCAGUUCGUGUUUUGAAAUGUCCGCGCCGUUCUUCAAAGAAUUGGCAGCCGAGUUGGCAAAAAGCACAAACAAAACGGUGACAACGAGCGAAGUUGGCAGUGCGGUGGCCGCACGUUUAAGCGCCGGCGGCGUUGGUCGUGGUUUGCCCGCCACCCCAAAUGAACCAAAGAGCUUACCCUCAUCGCCGCAAUUGACGCGCAAAUUCAGCGUUAGCGAACUGAAAGCAACGGCACAUGGUCCCGUCUCGACUACAGACGCGUCCGUGGUCGAAGAUGAUGACGACUGCGAUGACUGUGCAUCCGACGGUGAGCCCGAUGGCGAUGGUGGCGGCAACUGCGCCGACGCCGAAUCAAGUAGCGAUGAUUCCGCUGAGCCACGCGCGCUGCACCUAUCAACGCCAGCCGCACGCAAGUACCGCGCCAAUUCGCUUUAUACACAUCCGCUUUUCAUGUGCAGCAGCGGGAAUGGCAAUGUCAACAUCGAUGAGGCUACAACCGCUGCAAAUGCCUUGGCGACGCCAACAACGGCAUCAGCGACGACUAUAUGUACCCCGGCAUCGUCAGCUUUGACUGUCGAUUGCGGCAACAGCACAGUGUAUUCCACGUCAGAGGAUGGUUGUGAGGAGCCCGAUCCGCCUAAAAUAAAAAUAUCGAGCAACAUUACGGCAUUAGCUGUUUCAUCGCCUACACCACCAUCACAACCGCAAAUGGCUUCGUUGGUAGCCACACCGGCCUCCGUUUCGUCAUGUCCCGAUUUUGAGCUGCAUGAAAUUAAACCGUGUGAUUUGCUACCGAAUAAAGGUACUUUAACGCGACGUGAUUCCAUUGAGAGCGGUUUUUACUCGUGUUUCAAUGAGGAUACUGACCCGGCCGUCAACAACUCGACCACAUAUGUAACAGCGACGGCAGCCUCGACCACCUCCAUCGAUAUGGGUCUAAUGAAUCGCUUAGCACUCGACUCGGGCAUACAUUCGGUGUUGCAACGCAACAAUUUCGCCGUUAAUCAACUGCUCUACUGCAAGAAUCGUACCUCAUCCAUUUACACCGACAGUUCCGAUGACAUCAGCAGUUUAGCCGGCUCCGAUUCGUUGCUAUGGGACGACCGCUCGUUCACCGCUAUACCGAGUACGCGUUCGGCACAAAUCGCAACAAUCGUUGAAUAUUUCGAACGUAAGCGACAAGUACCUGAUGACAUGGCGCCCGGACCUGGUCGUGGCGCAUUUUUACGCAGCGGCUCCACAAGCGCCAGCGGUAGCGCACACACAACAAGUACGUCAAAUAGUGCCGCAUCCACAGCUGCCGCCGCCGCCAUGGCAGCCACCAGCUCAUAUGGCCUCAGCAAUUUGGCCACGUACGAUAUGCGACGUUACACCGACUUCAAACGGCACGCGGCAUUAAGUUCGGAUUAUGAGGCAUUCUGCUUCGAAUUGGAUAAGAAGCCGGCGCAGCAGCGUUUGACAGUGUGCGAAGGUGCUGUCAAGUCCAAGCUGCAAAUAUUCGACAAAACGAAGCAACAGCAGCAACAACAACAACAGCAGCAACAGCGCAUGCAGCAGCAGCAGUCGCAGCAAACGUCAGCGUUAGCGCAAGCGCAUGCGUCCAGUAGUCUAACGAAUGGUGUUGGCACAACGAAGUAGGAUGUAAGGCGGCAAGUCGAAGCGUCGGUAUUUAUCGUAGCAGCAACACUGUGUUUUAAAUCGCUGACAGCCGCGUAUGUGGCGUUUUAAUUUGUUCUUCUUCAAUUUCAUUACACAUUCAUUCAUUUUCACCAUCAUUUCAUAAUUGUUAUACAUUUUCGCACUGUUUUAUGGAGUUGCACACAACUGUGGUGAGUUGGCGAGAUGUUGGCGCAAAGUUGCAGCUGCUUUUAAGCAAAAGAGGCGGAACUUUAAAUAAUUUGUGUUGUUGCUUGUGGCAGCGUAAGUGAGGCCUCAAAAAGUUAACCUAAAAAUUGAAAACAUGGAAAUAUAAAGCACUUUGCAGUACUGUUUCAUUUAUAUAUUUAAACCUAUCUGAGCCCGACGGAUUUGAGUUUUAUAAGAGAAACUAUAAAAGUGCUGAAAUGGUCGCCAAUAUGGAAAAAAAUAGCCAAGCAUAUAUUAUAUAAAACAAACAUUUUGCCAAAAAAAGACUAGUUUUUCAGAACCUAACCUCACUUUUAAUGCGUAUUAACAUAAUUUGGUCAAACAUUUUGCAAAAAAAAAAAAUUUUUUUCAUCACCUAACCUCACUUUUAAUGCGUAUUAACUUAAUUUGGUCAAACACCAAUCUUUAAAAAAUUUUAUGAAAUUUGCCCAAAAAUCAAGUUUUUCAGCACCUCACUUUCUAUGCGUUGUUAAAAAUUUAUUCACACAUCAAUUAAAUCUUGAAAAAAAAAAUACAAAAUUGUGUUCUAAGCCGAAACCAUAGUUAAUUUUGCUUUUGUAAUUCGCCUAAAUGCAUAAACAGCAUAACUCAAAAAUGUAGCAGCCACCACAAAAUAAAACAAUUUAAAAAACUAAGCAGCUGCAACUUUCCUUAAACAAAUUGCCACUCAAAAAUAUAAAAAAUAAAACACGAAUAAAGUUCUGCCAACAAAGCAACAAACCAACAACAAAACUCCAUCACUUUGCAAUAUAUAUUCUUAUAACUUUGCAAUGUCAUUUCAUAUCAUAAUAAGAACAACGAAAACUACUGUUGUUUCACCUACAUACUUUUUUGUUCUGUUAUGUCAUCAAAUUAUUUGUUAGUACAUUUAGUACAUAUAUAUAUAUAUAUAAAGAGAAAAUGCGCUAAAACAGCAGUAAAGCGUAAGAGAUCACUAACUAUUUAAGUUUACACACGAUAUACAAAUAUAUAAAUAAUAUCAAUAAUUUCAAUUGAAAAUGAAAAUUAUAAAAAAAACUAUAUCUUCCUGUUCACAAUACAUAUACAUAUACAUAUAUAGUAUAUAACCAAUUAUAAAAGCCGAUAUAUGAGAAAUAAAGUUUUGUACUCGUUAAGUGGUGAAAACACACAAAUCAAAAA